CGCCGCCGAGGGGAAAGCAGGGCGGCGCGGCGAGGCGGGAGGAGCUGCUAUGGUGCAGAGUUGCCGGGCGCAGCUGAGCGGGACGCGGCAGUCGCGGCCAUGAAGGCUGGUGCUACAUCUAUGUGGGCUUCCUGCUGUGGGCUGCUGAAUGAAGUCAUGGGAACUGGAGCUGUCAGGGGCCAGCAGUCAGGAUUUACUGGAGGCACUGGUCCCUUCAGAUUUACACCAAACUCGGAUUUUUCCUCAUAUCCAUCAGCACCUACAGAAGGGCCUAAUAUAGUUUGCAAAGCCUGUGGAAUUUCAUUUUCAGUGUUUAGAAAGAAGCAUGUAUGUUGUGACUGCAAGAAAGAUUUUUGCUCUGUUUGUUCAGUCUUGCAAGAAAAUCUCCGUAGAUGUUCCACUUGCUACUUACUACAGGAGACAUCCUUUCAGCGCCCUCAGUUAAUGCGACUUAAAGUCAAAGAUCUACGGCAGUAUCUCAUGCUUAGAAACAUCCCAAUCGAUACCUGUCGAGAGAAAGAAGACCUGGUGGAUCUAGUACUGUGCCAUCAUGGGCUGGGGUCUGAGGAUGACAUGGACACAAGCAGUCUGAAUUCCUCCAGGUCGCAGACUUCUAGCUUUCUGACACAUUCAUUUUUUUCAAACUAUACAGCACCCUCGGCUACUUUGUCUUCAUUUCAGGGUGAGCUCAUGGGUGGUGACCGAACCUUAGGAUCUGGAACGUUGGCACAGGUACACAGUGAAAUAGCUUCAGCAAAUACAGAAGAUGAUGAUGACGACGACGAUGAUGACGAUGAUGAAGAUGAUGAAAACUUGGAGGAGAGGACAACUGGCCUCUCUAAGAAGAGCGUGAGAGCUUCAUUGUCUGACUUAUCAAGCCUUGAGGAUGUGGAGGGAAUGAGUGUGCGCCAGCUGAAGGAAAUCCUAGCUCGGAAUUUUGUCAAUUAUUCUGGCUGUUGCGAAAAAUGGGAACUGGUAGAGAAAGUCAACCGGUUAUACAAAGAGAAUGAAGAAAACCAAAAGUCAUAUGGUGAACGAUUACAGCUGCAGGACGAGGAAGAUGACAGCUUAUGCCGUAUCUGCAUGGAUGCUGUCAUUGACUGUGUCCUGUUGGAAUGUGGCCACAUGGUUACCUGCACCAAGUGUGGCAAACGCAUGAGUGAGUGUCCUAUCUGUCGGCAGUAUGUGGUGCGUGCUGUGCACGUGUUCAAGUCUUGAGGUUCACUCUGUAGGACACUUGGCCCUGAGCUCAAUCCCAGACAUUCAAAUGAUUAUUU